CAGCUUGCUCCCGAUGAUCCGAUCCUGAUUCAGCCAUAUUCCCAGCGAGCAGCCACACCGGCAGCCUCCUCUAACACCCAGAAACCGUCUGAAGACGCCCGCGGCGCGCCCUCCCGGUCUUAACGGUUGGUAUUGUUCGACCCGAGUCCGUCCCGGUUCCGUCCCGGUUCCCCCGGACAUGUUACCGAGCUGAGGGACCUGCGUGAGGACAUGGAUCCGCCGCGGACAGCCUGAGAGAGGCGACGGUCUGACCGACAUCCCGAAUCUGAGAGCAGAGUCCAGAUUGACCGGGAUCACGGACCGGGGAGGGCCCACGUACUGAACCGCUCCAGACACGACGGACUGACGGAAAGACGGAAACCGGCGGACACUCACCGACACACCGACGACCGCACUCUAUAAAAUGUCGGGAAUGUUCUCCAGGAGCUAACGAGCUAGCCGCAGCUAGCAGGCUGAGCUCGGCUCGGCUCGGCAGGACUCGGCAGGAGUCGGAGGCUGGGCGGCGGGGAGCUCUCGGACUGUGCGGCGGGGCUUGUGUCGUACUGUAGCCGGGGCGGAGGAGCUGUUCCCGGGCACGAUGUCGGCUCAGGACCGCCUGAAGAGACUGGAGGAGCUGCUGCUGGAGCAGAAGGAGGCGGGCUGCCUGAGUGUGGAGGCGCUGCUCGACCUGCUGCUCUGCUUCUGCGCAGAAGUGUCCCAGACCCCGCUCCGCAGGGACAAGCACGUCCAUGACUUCCUGGAUUGGGUGAAACCGUUCACCAGCACCGUGAAGAACAUGAGGCUCCACAGAGACGACUUUGAGAUGCUCAAGGUGAUUGGACGAGGAGCUUUUGGAGAGGUUGCCGUGGUGAAGAUGAAGCACACAGAGAGAGUGUAUGCGAUGAAGAUUCUCAAUAAGUGGGAGAUGUUAAAGAGAGCUGAGACGGCGUGUUUCAGAGAGGAGCGAGACGUCCUGGUGAAAGGAGACAGUCAGUGGAUCACAACUCUGCACUAUGCGUUCCAGGAUGAAAACUUCCUGUACCUGGUGAUGGAUUACUACGUGGGCGGCGACCUGCUGACUCUCCUCAGUAAGUUUGAGGAUCGUCCAUCCAUCAGCAGAACUACAUCGAACUACAUCCACAGAGACAUCAAACCAGACAACGUCCUGCUGGACGUCAACGGGCACAUCCGCCUGGCCGACUUUGGGUCCUGUCUCCGCAUGAUGGAGGACGGCACGGUGCAGUCCUCGGUGGCAGUGGGCACUCCGGACUACAUCUCCCCAGAAAUCCUGCAGGCCAUGGAGGACGGGAUGGGCCGCUAUGGUCCAGAGUGUGACUGGUGGUCUCUAGGGGUCUGCAUGUACGAGAUGCUGUACGGAGAAACACCGUUCUAUGCCGAGUCUCUGGUGGAGACGUACGGGAAGAUCAUGAACCACGAGGAUCGUUUCCAGUUCCCUUCUCAUGUCACCGACGUGUCCGAGGAUGCCAAAGACCUGAUCCAGCUCCUCCUCUGCUCACGGGAAGGCCGACUCGGUGUGAACGGGAUCUCUGACUUCAAGAGUCACCCGUUCUUCAAAGGGAUUGACUGGGACAACAUCCGUUCUGCUGAGGCCCCGUACAUCCCUGACGUGUCCUCCCCAACCGACACAUCAAACUUCGACGUGGACGACGAUGUUCUCAAGAACCCGGACAUCAGCCCACCGGUGUCUCAUACUGGUUUUACUGGUCAGCACCUCCCCUUCGUGGGCUUCACCUAUACCACCAACAGCUGCUUCUCUGACCGCAGCUCGGUGAGCCAGGUGGGUCUCAGCCAGGAGGAGGUGGGGGGAGGAGGAGGUGGAGGAGGGCAGGAGGUGGAGGCGUUUGAGAGGAGGAUCCGCCGUCUGGAGCAGGAGAAACAGGAACUGAACCGAAAACUGCAGGAGUCCACUCAGGCUCUUCAGGCUCCGUCGUCUCGAGGAGGAACUCUGAGUCGAGACAAAGAGAUCAAGAAACUGAACGAGGAGAUCGAGCGUCUGAAGAAGAAGCUGGCAGACUCUGAUAGGCUGGAGCACCAGCUGGAGGAGGCGGUCUCUCUCAGACAGGACUACGAGAGCUCCUCCUCCAAACUGAAAACUCUGGAGAAGCAGGUGAAGACCCUGAGACAGGAGAAGGACGAAGUGCACAAGCAGCUGGCGGACUCUCUGGAGCGUCUCCGCAGUCAGACCAAGGAGCUGAAGGAGGCGCACUCUCAGAGGAAGCUCGCCCUGCAGGAGUUCUCGGAGCUGUCGGAGAGGAUGGCCGACCUGCGCUCGGCCAAACAGCGUCUGUCCCGUCAGCUGAGGGACAAGGAGGACGAGAUGGACGCUCUGCUGCAGAAGAUGGAAGCCAUGAGGCAGGAGAUCCGCAAGACCGAGAAGAACCGCAAGGAGCUGGAGGCUCAGCUGGACGACGCCAAGGCCGAGGCGUCGAAGGAGAGGAAGCUGAGGGAGCACAGCGAGGGCUACUCCAAACAACUGGAGGCGGAGCUAGAGAGCCUAAAGUCUCAGCAGGGUCGGGGAGCUGCAGCAGGGGGGGCGGAGUCUCAGCAGGAGCUGUCCCGUCUGAAGGCGGAGCUCGAUAAGAAGGUCUUGUUCUACGAGGAGGAGCUUCUGAGGAGAGACUCCGCCCACUCGUCCGAGAUCAAGAACAUCCGUAAAGACCUGCACGAGUCCGAGGGGGCCCAGCUCGCCGCCAACAAGGAGCUGCUGACGAUCCGAGACCGGCUGGACAAGGACAAGAGGGACAGAGUCCACUCAGGCUCUUCAGGCUCCGUCGUCUCGAGGAGGAACUCUGAGUCGAGACAAAGAGAUCAAGAACUGAACGAGGAGAUCGAGCGUCUGAAGAAGAAGCUGGCAGACUCUGAUAGGCUGGAGCACCAGCUGGAGGAGGCGGUCUCUCUCAGACAGGACUACGAGAGCUCCUCCUCCAAACUGAAACUCUGGAGAAAGCAGCAGCUGGCGGACUCUCUGGAGCGUCUCCGCAGUCAGACCAAGGAGCUGAAGGAGGCGCAUCUCAGAGGAAGCUCGCCCUGCAGGAGUUCUCGGAGCUGUCGGAGAGGAUGGCCGACCUGCGCUCGGCCAACAGCGUCUGUCCGUCAGCUGAGGGACAAGGAGGACGAGAUGGACGCUCUGCUGCAGAAGAUGGAAGCCAUGAGGCAGGAGAUCCGCAAGACCGAGAAGAACCGCAAGGAGCUGGAGGCUCAGCUGGACGACGCCAAGGCCGAGGCGUCGAAGGAGAGGAAGCUGAGGGAGCACAGCGAGGGCUACUCCAAACAACUGGAGGCGGAGCUAGAGAGCCUAAAGUCUCAGCAGGGUCGGGGAGCUGCAGCAGGGGGGGCGGAGUCUCAGCAGGAGCUGUCCCGUCUGAAGGCGGAGCUCGAUAAGAAGGUCUUGUUCUACGAGGAGGAGCUUCUGAGGAGAGACUCCGCCCACUCGUCCGAGAUCAAGAACAUCCGUAAAGACCUGCACGAGUCCGAGGGGGCCAGCUCGCCGCAACAAGGAGCUGCUGACGAUCCGAGACCGGCUGGACAAGGACAAGAGGGACAGGCAGGUGGAGAUGGAUGAAGCUGUAUCUGACCUGAAG